AUGGCGGGGGCAGCUGCCUCUACCGUGCUGGGCCGCGGGUCGGCCGCGUGGGUGCACUACGGCGCUGGCGAGCACCACGCGAGGCUCGUCGGCUCCCUCGUCGAGAACGACGAGUACGCGGUCGUGUCGCCCGACUUUGACGUUUACGUGGGGCAGCUGAGCCUCCACAACGGCGACCUGGAGGGGAUCCGCUUCUCGGCGUCGGUCGAUGUGCGGCCGCGAGGGAUCCCCGUCCCUGGCAGCAUGCUCUACAUCUUCGCGGCGCUCACGCCCGCCGAGGUCAACGAGCUGCUGGCGGAGGCGGAUCAGGUGUGCAACCUGGAGCGGGCCCACCGUGGGCUCCCGCUGUUGGGCGAGGCGGCUCGAGCGCCUGUGGGGGCCGCCGUGGUGACGACGCCCGUGCCCGCCGUGGCCCCUGCUCCUGGGGCCCCGCGCCCCGUCCCAGCGGGUGGGGCGUGGGUCCUCGCGGAGCCGCUCGUGGGCCACGACGUCGGCGAGGAGUUCACGCUGCCUGCAGGGGCGGCGGUGCUGGGGACCCGUGCCCUCGUGGUGAUCGAUGGGGGCGUCGCCACGUUCGAGCAGCUUGUGGAGGGCGCCGACAUCACUCACUGGGCCCUGGCGCGCAGCAACUUCCUCUGCGACGACCCGAGGAUCCUGGCGCGGGCCCCGACGGAGCGGUCCUUGGUCGACGCCGUGCGCUCGAUGACGGCCUGCACGCGGCAGGCAGAGGGCCUUGCUGCCUUUCCUCUGCAGGGGCCCGCCAUCGGGGCCGAGUGGGUCGACUCGGUGGUAAGGGAUGGUGCGACCAGUCUGAUCGAUCGGGCCAGCAAGUGGCGGCGCGAGAGCGGGGUCAAGACUCGCAGCUCGACCGCCCACGAGCACGCGAUCCUCCACAGGGCCGUGCAGCUCCUGGCGACGGUGGACGGGCUCAACGUGAAGAACCUCAUCGGCGUCGAGCUCCUCCUGAGGCGGAUCACCUUGCAUGAGGAGGCCGUGGCUGAGAACCCCGAGGCUCGGCUACACCUCAAGCGCUGGAACGCCGUCCAGUCGGCGGCGCAGGAGGCGGUCGACGGCCUGAACCUGCUCUUCGGGUGCGACCCGCAGGAGCUGUCGGUCCCGACGCAGUGUGAGGGGACUGAGGCCGUGGGCGGCUGCAGUCCUUUGCAUGGUGCAAUUCACCAGCAUCUGUUCGCCACCAUCGCUUCGGGUAUGCCCGAUCAUGUACAAACGGACCACGCCUCUUUUCGUGAGUUGGCUGGUGCGAAUGCGGAUUACGAGAUGCUUGCAUGCGCGGUCGAGCCGUGCGACCCGGCAAAUGUGUCCUUGCCAGAGGGGCAGGUGUCGCCCGUCGUUUUGACUGAGUUUGUCUCUCCCGAGCUCGGCCGCUGCCUCGACCUUGACAACGUCUUGGCCGAUGCUGACGUGGCCGAGUACCGUCUUCGCCACGAGCCCGUCGUGUCCUAUACGGAUGUCAGGAUCAGGGGUGAUGAAGAUGUUCGUCUCAAGUUCCUCAGGAGCCUGUAUGAUUGUGGGAUCUUGGGGUUCUGCAGGGCCUCGAAGGGCAUGAUCACACCGUUCUUCGUGAAAAAGAAACAGGGCCGCCAGAGGCUCGUCCUGGACUGCCGCAGGCCUGAGAUGAGUUCGGCCGAGAAUAUGCAUGGGCUUGAGGUGCCAGGCGAAGCGUCGCCUGUCUUCGUCGCCACGGGUGAUAUAAGUUUUUUUCUUAAUUACCAGUGUGGGGUGCCGUCUGCGCUGAGCGAGUACUUCAGCUUCGAAGCCGUCGACGCUAGCCUCGCAAAAAAGUGGGGGGCGACCUCGGACGUGCGGGGGCUCUCUCUGCCAGAUGUCGGGGAGGUCUUCCCGUGUUUGCUCGUGCUGCCGAUGGGUUGGACCUGGUCUUUCUACAUUGUGCAGGCUCUGCAUGCCGAGUUGCUCCGUGAGGCUGGGUUCAGCCAGGACUUGAUCAUGUCGAAUGCGUGGCCUGCCCCUCCGUUGUCCGACGAUCCAGUUGCCCUCCCCUACUGCGACAACCUAACUGUCUUCGGGAUGUCCAGGGACCGCGUCGAUCAGCGACUUCGUGAGCUCAUCGGGGUGUUCGAGGGGAAGGGCUUCGUGCUUCACGAGAUCUCCUGGGCCUCGACAUCUUCGGAUAUCCUGGGUACCGCCUUCGAUGGGCUGCGACGGACGGUCCGUGCGAGGCCCAAGCGGGCCUGGACUCUUCGGGGGGCUCAUCGGCAUGCCGCUCUAGGUGGGGCCAUCUCUGGCAAGGUUCUGGAGCGCCUCCUGGGCCACUACGUCGUCGAGGGCCUCAACCAGCGGCCUGCGCUGUCGGUUCUGCGGGCCUCCUACGUCUUCAUUCGGGACUGCUGCUGGACCCCGAGGCCCCUGUGGGACUCCGUCUGCCGUGAGCUCCUGGUCCGCUCCAGCCUGGUCCCCCUGCUCUCCGGUAGCUUUGGGCGUCCACGGUCUACUUCCGUGCUGGCGACAGAUGCCUCGGGGAGUGGGUGGGGCGUGAUGGGGGCUGGCUUCGACAGAGAGGAGGUGGGGGAGACCGGGAGGUGGAACGAGCGCUGGAGGUACGAGCCUCUGCCCCCGUCGGAGUGGGCGCCUCGUCGUCGUGCACUGGCGGCCGAGCUCGACCCCCUCGUCGACCCUGUGACGUCCGACGUGGGCCCCUGUGACCUCGACGAGCUCGGCGGGGUCCCCUCGGAGUUCGCCUGGCGGCCCCGUGCUGGCUUCCCCGAGGUUCCGAAGGCCGUGGUCCUUGGGCGUUCCUGGAAGUGCUGGAGGGCUGGGAGGUGCAGGUUUGAGGAGCCGAUCGGAAACAAAGAAGGUCGGGCCGUCAUCAAGGGUAUGAGUCUCGAACUUCGGGGCCCCAGCCAGCGCCGCAAGAGGCGCCUCGUCCUUGUCGACAACUUCGGCGUAGCCCUUUGUUUCUCAAGAGGGCGCGCGGCGUUCUUCGGGCUCCUGCAGUUGGUCCGCCGCCUGGCCGCCCUCUCGUUUGCGACGGGUGCAUGGGUGGCGCUCCGCUGGAUCCCGAGCGAAUCCAACCCCGCCGACGAGCCGCCCCGCCUCUUCGAGAAGCUCAGGGAGGCGCGGGCGGCGCUGUAUGAAGCGCCUGCGGCGGGAGCUGAGCUUGGCGGCCUGUCAAGCCGCCGAGCCAUCGACCUCCUUCGAAACCGCUGGAACCCCGCCUGCGAGCUCGCGACGGUCGGCGCCAAGGGCUUGGCCGCCUACCAGUACUUCGAGAACCUGUUCCUCGAGUGGCAGCGGCGCCGAGGCAGGGCCACCGACAGCCACGACGAAAUCGAAGUGAACCUGCUGGGCUACCUCGACGAGCUCCUAGCCGACAACGUGAAGCUCACGCACGCCGAGAAGACGGUGUGCGGCCUGCUGUACAGCACGCUUCCUGGAAAGGUGAAGUCGGGCAUCUGCGCCCUUCUGAUCUACGACGGUGAGCGGUCCACGGCCCUCUACGUCGAGGCCGCGUUUUCGGGGUCCUUCCGUCCUGGGGAGCUUCUUCGUGCGAAGGUGGGCGAUCUGGUGAAGCCAGGGGUGUCGGAGGAAACUGCGUUGCGGUGUUGGUCUCUGAUUGUGGCGCCUGAGGAACGGCUGCAGCCGUCAAAAACCCAGGCCUUCGACGACACCGUCAUCUUCGACCACCCCGAGUGGCUGGGCGAGGUGCUGGGUUCCUGGGCUGCGCACGCGGCGGACGACCGUGAGCUCCUCCCGCUGGAGGCCGUGAGGGUUGCCCGCCCCUUCAAGGCUGCCGCGUCAAGCUGGGCGUCGAGGCACCCGUGCACAUCCCUGUUGUGGGCCUUGCUCUGGAACUCCGCGUUUGGCUGCCCACAGCAGGCGCUCCAGCACGGCCUCGGCGGCCUGCGGCGCCGCGCUCGCGGCGUGGGCCCUCGGGCGGCGUGCGGCGCCGCGCUCGCGCUGUGGGCCCUCGCCCGCGCCCUGCUGCGCCGCGGGCCCUCCCGGGGCGCACUGCGGCGGGCCCCAGGCGGCCUGCGCGCCUCCGAGAGGCGGGCCCUGCUGGACGUCUACGGGCUGCGGGAGCGGCUGGAAAGUGCGGCAGGCUUUUUUCAGACGAAGGCCGCCAAGUGGGAGCUCGCCAGGGCGGAGCGAACGCUGGAGAUGGUGGAGUCGAUGCUGCAGGAGGAGCAUGGCAGCCUAGAUAUUCAACAGGCUCAGUUAUGCCACAUACGGGAUCCGCGGGUUUAUCCCGUCCCGGACUACUUGCAGCCCGCUUAUCGGAAAGGUGGUGUGCAGGUAGCCGUCACAGGCGGUUCUGGAGUUGGGAAGUCGUCCUUUAUCAAUGCCAUUCGGAGGACGAGGCCCCGCGACCAGGGUGCCGCGAAGACGGGCAUCACCGAGUGCACACGACAGCCAAAGAUGUACACCUUCUGGCCUGGCCGAGCCGGGGUGUUCAACAAGCUGUUCGAUCAGGUCGAGCAGGUCCUUAGGGUGACAGCAUCGGAGGACUCCCGCGUCGUCGAAGGGCGGCGCGCGUCGUCGUCGGCGGAGCUGAUCCGGACCCUGGUCAAGCACAGGGACGCCUGGAGCUGCCUGGACCACCGCGAGGUCUGCCUGCAGGCUGGGGACCGCGUGCUCCUGAGCGGCGUGGGGGGCCCCGGGGCAGAGGAGUGCACGGCCGAGGUGGUCGUGCCUCCGGGAGGGAGGCACCGACGCUCGUUCAGGGUGCGCCUCGGGUGCGGGGAGGUCGCGGACGUCAGCACCAGGCGAGUGUUGGGCGUGCUGGCCGAGUGUGCCAUCUGGGACCUGCCUGGGGUGGGGACGCCUAGCUUCCCGCAGCAGACAUACCUCGGCAGGAUGGGCAUUCGCCACUUCGACCUGGUGGUGCUGCUGACCGCGUCCCGGUUCACAGAGGCAGAGAUGGCUUUGGUUGGCGAGCUCGAGCGUUGGGACGUUCCUUACUUCCUUGUCAGGAACAAGACCGACUGCGACGUGCAGUCCGAAAUUGACGAGCGUGAGCAGUCCUUCGAAGAGGACGACGACAGCGAGCUUGGGGUGGAUGAGAAGAAACGUAUAGAGGGAGCAACGAUAAAGCGCAUUAAGGAGUUCUUCAGGACAGAACACGAUUUAUGCAGCAUCUACUGCGUCUCUUCGAAACCGGGGUGCCGCAUGCGCUUUGACUUUUUACGCCUAGAGCACGAUAUUGAAGAAGCCUUGCGAAGACAGCGUGCUAUGCUCGCCACUAAUCUGCGAUAGCGUUCAUUGCUUGCGAUUGCUGCCCCUGCGGGGCAGCGUGACCAGCUGUAAAGGUGUCACUCGCGCGCUCGCUUGUAUGCAAUUGUCUAGAUCGUCCUUCAGCACUUAUCCAGCAAAGCCGCGCGGACCUCGGAAAGUGUCUAUGCCUG